AUGCUUUUGCCUGUACUAGCAAGUUUGGCCCUUCUUCGCCCUGCCGUGGCUGGCCAGGUCUACUUCCGAGCAGAUGGUGAUGCAUACUCGCACUCGCCAGAGGUGCUUCCGUCGCCGCAAAUCACUGGACAGAAUGAAUGGGCAGAUGCCUUUGCCAAGGCUAAAGUCAUGGUCGAUCAAAUGACGCUUGAGGAAAAGAAGGUCAGCCUGACGGGCGGUGUUGAUCUCAAGUCGGGAUGCUCAGGCACCAUACCGGGCAUCCCCAGACUCAAUUUUCCCGGCAUGUGCCUGAACGAUGCCGGGAACGGCGUGCGCGCGACCGACAACGUCAGCGGCUUCGCCAGCGGAAUCGGCGUCGGCGCGAGCUGGAACAAGUACCUUGCACGGAAACGCGGUGCGGCCCUCGGGGGCGAGAACCGGCGCAAAGGAGUCAACGUCAUGCUGGGACCGGUCGUCGGCCCGGCGUGGACCGUCGUCAAGGGCGGACGCAACUGGGAAGGCUCGUCGGCCGACCCGUACCUCUCCGGUGUGUUGGCGGCCGAGACUGUUGUAGGCGUUCAGAGCCAAAAUGUGAUUACCAGCGUCAAGCACUACAUUGGAAAUGAGCAAGAGCUCUACCGCUCGCUCGAAGGUGACGUCCAAGCCAUCUCCUCCAACAUCGACGACAAGACAAUGCAUGAACUAUAUCUAUGGCCUUUCGUCGACUUGAUCAAGGCGGGUGCCGCCAACGUCAUGUGCUCUUACAACCGUCUCAAUCAGACAUACGCCUGCGGCAACAGCAAGACUCUGAACGGACUUCUCAAGACGGAGCUAGGAUUUCAGGGCUUUGUCGUUUCGGACUGGGGAGCACAGCAUGCGUUCGCGGAUGCUCCCAACGGGCUGGACAUGGGCAUGCCCAACUCCGAUCCCUUCUGGGGCGCCAACCUCGUCAACGCCGUCCGGAACGGAACCCUUCCAGAGUCGCGCGUGACCGACAUGGCCAUGCGAAUCAUCGCAUCGUGGUACCAGCUGAAGCAGGACGACCCCAGCUUCCCCGCGCCGGGCAUCGGCAUGCCCGGCAACCUCACCGCGCCGCACCGCGUCGUCGAGGCCCGCGACCCCGCCGACAUGCCCGUGAUCCUGCAAGGCGCCGUCGAGAGCCACGUGCUCGUCAAGAACGACCGCGACACGCUGCCGCUCAAGGCGCCCAAGGUGGUCUCCGUCUUCGGCUACUCGGCCAACACGCCACCGAGCUGGACCGCCGCCGCGGACACGGACGGCAGCUGGCGCUUCGGCCUCGCGCCCGUCCUCGACCUCGACCCUGCCACCAGCCCCAUCGGCGCGCGCGGCACCAUGUUUGGCGGCGGCGGGUCCGGCGCCAUCACCCCGACCACGCACGUCUCCCCGCGAGACGCCCUGAUCGCCCGCGCCGCCCGCGACGGCUUCACGCUGCACCAGGACCUCGGCUCCGCACCGCCGGCCUGGGUGGACCCGGCGUCGGACGCCUGCCUCGUGUUCGGCAACGCGUGGGCGCGCGAGGGCAACGACCGGCCGGUGCUGGAGGACGAAGCCACGGACACGCUCGUGCGUUCCGUGGCGGACCGGUGCGCGCGGACCGUGGUCGUGCUGCACAACGCCGGUCCGCGGCUGCCAGGCGGCUUUGCGGACCACCCCAACGUCACGGCGGUGCUGCUGGCGCACCUCCCCGGGGAGCGCGCCGGCGAUGCCGCGGUGGCGCUGCUCUGGGGCGACGCGAACCCCUCGGGCAAGCUGCCGUACACGGUGGCCGCGCGGGAGGCCGACUACGGGCCGCUGCUGGCUCCCCAGGGCGGCGCGCCGGCGGGGGAUAACAAGUCGCCGCAGGCGGACCUGACGCAGGGCGUGUACACGGACUACAAGUACUUUGAGAAGGAGCACGUGCAGCCGCGGUACGAGUUUGGUUUCGGGCUGAGCUACACGCGGUUUGACUACUCGCGCAUUGCGCUACAGGGGCCGGGGGGGUCGCCGGGGGAGUAUCCGACGGGGCCGGUGGUGAGUGGCGGGCAGGGCGACUUGUGGGAGGUGGUGGCUACGGUGCGGUGCAGGCUGGCCAACGGAGGGGGGGUGGCCGGCGCGGAGGCGGCGCAGCUGUACGUGAGGUUGCCGGGGACGCGGGCCAAGCAGCUGCGAGGCUUCGAGAAGCCGUACCUGCGGCCGGGGGAGGCGACGGAGCUCUCGUUUGCGCUGACGAGGAGGGACCUGAGCGUGUGGAACACGGGGAUGCAGAAGUGGCAGCUGCAGAGGGGCAGUUAUGAGAUUUACAUUGGUCGGAGUAGCAGCAAGUUGCCAUUGAAGACGUUUCUCACUAUUCAGUAG